AUGUCCGUUCUGCAGGAAAUCGAUUGGCGACAAGCCUGCGAAUCCGACGACUAUUUGAAAAGCUUUUUGUUCGACUUUGUAGUCUGCUUUAAUCUCCGCCACGCCUCGUUCGUUCAGCAAUACUCAGUUCAGGAAGGACCGUUGCGACUCACUUCGCCCGAGGCGAGUUCGGAAGAGAAAACGUACUAUCUUUUCGCAGAACAGCUGAGCUGCUCGCUCGAUAGCUACUUGAAACAGCUGAAUUCGCCGUGCGGAUUGGGCUAUUACGACGCUUUGCUUGUGUUGCUGCGGCUCAGUCUGGUGCUGGAACACUGUUUCGCGUACCAGAUCGUGCACAACGACCUAAAACCCGAUAACAUCAUGUUACGAAACAACGAUAUCUCGGACAUUUGCUUGAUCGAUUUUGGAGAGAGCUUCCUUGGAUUCGACGUUGUUUCUGAUUCGCCGGUCGUCACAAAGGGCAACCAGCACUUCAAAGCUCCGGAGCUCGGCAAGCAAUACUUCGAUUCGACGGUGAUUGAUUCCUCGAGAGCGGACGUGUGGAGUCUGGGCAUUCUCGCGUACACCCUGAUUGGCCAGGAAGCGAACGUUCCGAGGAUCCUCGAAGGCGAGUUUGGCUUCGACUCAUUCGCAGAAGGCGUUUAUGCUGAGAAAUACAAACAGUUUAUCCGCGAGAUUUUAGUUCCGAACCCAGCGGAUCGGCCGGAUGCGUUCGAGUGUGUUCGCAUUUUGCUCAAUCUGCUGUUCGAUGUUCCGAAAUCGCGAAUCGACCGCAUCAAUGAGUUGCUCUGUGUAAUUCGAAGGCAGAUGGGGGGAGAGUCGAUCAGUCCCGUCUUGAUUCAAUGUUUUUAUGAGGCCUUAUGUGAUUGGCGUGUUUGUGGCUCAAACAGAUCGCAACUAGUACAACUCUUCUUCGAGCAGAUUGAGGCAAUCCACGACAUAGCGACGCAGCAAGUCGGAGUGAAUCCCAUUCACGUCCAAGCUCAGCAAGUCCAUUCGAAUCCGAUCCACCUCGCUGUAGUCCGCUUCCCGGUUCUCCUCUUUCAACAACGACUUCAAAAACCGAAGAGCGAACAGCAUGGGUCUUUUCAUGACUCUCCACCCCAACAUUCCACAGCUCUUUUCGACUCUCCAACCCCAAAUUCACGCAGCGGAACGCCUCGUUCCACUCGCUCGUUUCCCGCGGAACCAGUCCUCUUCCGCACAUCUGCAGCACGUUCAUCAGCAGAACCGGGUCCGACACCGACCGCAGCACCGUCCAGAUCUCUUCCGUCACGCCGCGUUUGCUCACCCACCCGCUUUCUCGCGCGCCUCGCGCAGCCUCCGAACGAAUUCGCGUCGCCGCUGCAGCGUUUCGAUGAACUUCGCCGCCGAAACGCCCGACGCGCCCCGCGGUCCGACCAGCGAAUUCCGCGGACCGGGUGCCGAAGAAUUCGAUGGAAUGUUCGUCGUGGAAUUCUGUGGAACAUUGAUCGAAUUCUGUGGAACACUGGUCGAAUUCUUUGA